AUGGCUUCAGCUUCAGUUCGGCAGGUCAACAUUGCCAUCAUUGGCGCUGGAGGGGUAGGAAAGUGCUUCCUCUCCCAGCUCGAGCAACUGGCCACCCGCCGCCCGAACCCGAAGCUCGUCCUCACCUACAUCUGCACGAGCAAGAAGGCGCUCUACAGCACCGACUACAUCGCCGUCGACAUCAAGAACGUCACAUCCUCCCUCGCCUCUUCGCCGCUUGCCCCGCUGCCCCUCACCAAGCUUGCCGACUUCCUCACCAGCUCGGGCUCCAAGACCGUGCUCGUCGACAACACCAGCUCCCAAGACGUCGCCGAGGCGUACCCGCUUUUCCUCAGCCGCGGCAUCAGCAUCGUCACGCCCAACAAAAAGGCGUUCUCGGGCUCCUACAAGCUGUGGCAGGACAUCUUCGGCGCAGCAGAGAAGUCCGGCGCCAAGGUGUACCACGAAUCGUCGGUGGGCGCCGGCCUGCCCGUCAUCUCGACGCUGAAGGACCUCGUCGAUACGGGCGACGAGGUGACCAAGAUCGAGGGUGUCUUCAGCGGUACCAUGUCCUUCCUGUUCAAUUCGUUUGCCCCGACCUCGGGCUCCGGCGGCAAGUGGUCGGCGGAGGUGAAGAAGGCCAAGGAGCUGGGCUACACGGAGCCUGAUCCCCGGGACGACCUGAACGGCCUGGAUGUCGCACGGAAGCUGACCAUUCUCGCGCGGCUGGCGGGGCUGCCGGUCGAGUCUCCGACGUCAUUUCCCGUGCAGAGUCUGAUCCCCAAGGAGCUGGAGACGGUGGCUAGCGGGGACGAGUUUCUGGAAAAGCUGCCGGUCUUUGAUGCGCAGAUGGAAGAGACGAAAGCGGAGGCUGAGAAGGAAGGCAAGGUGGUGCGGUUUGUGGGCAGCAUUGAUGUGGCCACGAAGCAGGUCAAGGUCGGGCUCGAGAAGUUUGAUCUAUCACACCCCAUUGCGGCGCUCAAGGGCAGCGAUAACAUCAUUAGCUUCUACACUAAACGGUAUGGAAGCAACCCGCUGAUCAUCCAGGGCGCUGGGGCCGGCGGCGAAGUGACCGCAAUGGGCGUGACCAGCGACCUCCUAAAGGUGCUUUCUCAGAUCGCUUAG